AUGCCAGCCAGAGCAAAACACAUGUAUGAUCAAGAGACCGUGAUUAAUGGAAAGAAAGUGAUAAUUGAUCUGAAUCAAGGGUUCGACACAUUCAUGAAGAAGGAGGAAGAUAGAGAGAAGACAGCAAAAUAUUUGGAACUCAAAGUAACUGGCGAAAGACUUGAUAAUUUUUGGAAGUGGAUUAUCAUGCAAGCACCGAAGGGGAGCUCUCUCAAAAAGGUGCUCUAUGAGGCUGACUUUGUAUGUUGUUAUGGGUUGAUGAAACGGAUAGGAUCCACCCCAUUCAGCAGUAAAAAUGGUUGGGAAUUUUCUGCUGUCUAUUUCGAUGAUGUAAUCUUCCUCUGCGAAGAGGAACGGUAUGAAACCUGGCACACCAUGUCAGAAGAAAAAGCGCGUUCGUCGUAUUAUGAGCUCAAGUUCAAGCAGUACAUGACUGUAGAAGAAAAUAGUGUAAGUUUUCUUUCGUUGCUAUAG